GCGGUCGACGUGCCUCGCGUUUUUAUGCGUAUAAAUACCUGGAAAGUUUAGUGACAAUCUGCGAGUUGCCACUAGAAUCUUCACUGAGAACAGACACCAACGCCAGCGAUGAAGGUUUCCAUGAUUUUCGUGUUCACGCUUCUUAGCGUAGUAAUGGUGGCGUACGCCAACUACUAUCAGCCUAUGAUGUAUCCGAAGGGUUAUGGUGCUAUGCAGUACGGAUAUGGUGGAUAUGGCGGAGGAUAUGGCGGAGGAAGUGGUGGCGGAUUCAGUAGUUUUGGACAGGGUGGAUUGUUUGAGAUGAUCAUUUUCUUGUUUGUAUUCAUUUUGAUAAUCAACGUACUAUUCGGUAGCCUGAACGGUGGUGGUUUAGGUGGUGGUAUAGGCAACAGUGGAGGACACAGUGGUGGCAAAGGUGGAGGCGGAUACUACUAUUAAAUAACUACUAGAAAUUUACCCAAUUUGACGGACCUCAUAAUCGGCGAUCUUUCAGUCACAUUUUUGAUAUAUUUAUUCUUACAAGAAAUAUAACGGUAGCAUCCCAGA